UGGCGGGAACAUUAACAUUUUCCCUUACAUCUCCCCAUUAACUAAAUCUACAGGAAAAAUAAAGACACCUGGAGAAGCGGAAACCAUUAACGCACAUUUAAUACCCAAUAAACUAAGCUGGAAACUGCGAGAUAACGGAGUAAAAGAGAAAGAAACAACCAUUAUUCCCCCAACCACGGAAGGAGUGUGUGGUGUUCUGUGUUUCUACCCCUCGUCAUUCAAUUCAGCAGAGGGAGAUGAUUACGCUAACGAAAAAGCUGAAAUCUAGCAAGGGGGGAGGAGGGGGUCUGGUUGCCGAACCCCCAAAGAAGAGGAUUUCUAUUAGAGACCAGCUGCUCGUCAAGGAGGUGAGUGAGAUGGAGAGCAACCUUCCAGAGGGCUGUGUGGCUCAUUUUGACGACCCCGACAGACUCCACUCCUUCCGUCUCAUCGUCGCCCCGCCGGAGGGUUACUGGCGGGGCGGGGCAUUCACCUUCAAAAUAAACAUUCCCGAAGAUUAUAACAUUGCGCCCCCAGAGGUGCGGUGUGAGACAAGGCUGUGGCAUCCAAACAUUAGUGAGGAGGGAGAGAUCUGUCUGUCUAUUCUACGACAGAAUUCCAUCGAUGGUCUCGGAUGGGCACCGACUCGCAGGCUCAAAGAUGUCGUGUGGGGCCUCAGCAGUCUGUUUAUGGAUUUACUUAAUUUUGACGACCCUUUGAACAUCGAGGCUGCGGAACACUACCAGCGUGACAAAGAUUCAUUUAGUCGGAAAGUUAGAGAGUAUAUUGACAAACACAACAAACGAUGAGCCACGACUACUACUACUACUACUACUACUACUACUGCUACUGCUACUACUGCUACUGCUACUGCUACUACUACUACUGCUACUGCUGCUGUGUGAUUGGUUAAGAUAAUUGUGGUGUUUGUUGUGGUUUUCCUUGUUCUUCCUUUCGAGAUAGCCUCCGUUUUCUUCCUCCUCCUCCUCCUCCGCCUCCUCCUUCUUCUUCUUCUUCUCCUUUUUUUUUUUUCUUCCUCCUCCUCCUCCUCCU